AUGGCCAGCAGCCAUACCCACAACAGGGCCCGCCCAUUCCCGGUGGCACUCCGGGAGCUCCUCCAUAUCAGCAGCAGCAAGGUUACCCUCCGCCGCAAGCUGGAGGCCCACCUCCUAACCAACAAUGGGGGCAGCCACCGCCAGAAGGCCUGGGUUGGUCAUGUGGACACAUCCUCUGAUGUCGAGGCUGUGCGCAAGGCCAUGAAGGGCAUGGGCUGCGACGAGAAAGCGCUCAUUCGCGUCUUCACCUCGCCCAAGUAUGCCAAUCCGUGGGCCAUGGCCCAACUUGUGCACGACUACAACUCGCGCUUCAUCCGCGACCUUGCCAAGGACAUCGAGAGUGAGACGCGCGGCGACCUGGAGACAGUGCUGCUGGCGCUCAUCCGUGGCCCGCUGGAGAACGAUGCCCGGACACUGCACAAGGCGCUCGACCGGGCAGGAACGGACGAGGACGCCCUGAUGGACGUGCUGCUCUGUCGGUCGAACGCCGACGUGCGCGCCAUCGCGGCCGAGUACAAGCGCAUCAAGAACCGUGACUUGUUGACCGAGAUUCGCGAGGAUGUGAACGAUGAUCUCUUCCGCCUCUACAGCAUGGUGCUCGCGGCGCACAAGGCCGAGGACGCCGCGCCGGUCAUUGCCACCGAGAUCGACCACAAGGUGACGGAGCUGCAGCGGGCGACGGAGGGCACAAUUGGCGCCAAUGCCGUGGCGACUGCCCAGAUCUUCACAAGCAGCAACGCGGCGCAGAUCCAUGCCAUGUCCGAGGCAUACCAGCGCAAGUACCACCGCUCGAUGGAGGAUGUGAUCGAGAAGGAAUUCAGGGGCGAUAUGGAAGACGCGUUGCUCAGAAUGUAUGGACAUGCGAUGGAUCGUGCGAAGAUGGACGCUCAGAGGCUGAGAGAUCCGCUCUACAAGACGGUGAGGAAAGACCGCCUGUUCAUCAACCGUGUCGUGAGCCUGUACUGGGACCAGAACCGCUUCGAGGCAGCCAAGGCCGCCUACAAGAAGAGAUAUGGUGUCAGCUUCGCUAAGGAUGUCAAGGACAUCCUGAGCGGUGACUAUGAGGAUGCCAUUCUAGCUUUGGCGAGGGAGAAGAAGUAG